ACGCAACAGCGCGCCCUCGUUGAACGUUGUCUUUUUUUCUUCUCCCUCAACUUUUCUCCCCCCUCUCACAGCUUCAGCCUGCCGCUGUUAUUAAGGCACAAAAAAAGCAAGGAAGUGGCAACAGGCUCGCUGCUUAGCCGACCACAAGGCAGUCCACUCGGCUACUUUACACCCCAAACACGCCCUCCAUCUUUGUACAACUGAGGCGUUCGCGCGAAGAACCAAGGAGGAAGACACGGAUAAAAGGACGCUGCUCCCCCGGUGUUGGUGUUUUUUCAUUCGUCGGUUAAAAAUCGUGGCGAGGACCGCGAACGCAGCACAAUGGGACUAGCCGCGAGGAAAGGUGCUCUGUGGUGAGAGGGAGGCGGCAUGCUGAGGCAACUCCCCCUGACUCAGGAUGAGUGUCAGAGAUGGCGGUGUCGCCGUGGCAACAAGCACAGGCGGAGGAACGGGGGGAGGGGACAUGCCGACGAGCCCCAAGGAUCACAACCGGCGCUCGUACCUGCUCCAGAUCUACCCACGCCUCCGUGCUGAGUCAUCCACCUGCUGCAACCUGAGAGUGCAGAAGGAUGCCACAGCAGCCUCCGUGAUCUCGGACGCGGCUUUGGCUCUGGGGCUGGACCCCGGGCGCCUGUAUGUGUUGGCAGAGGUGAAGGAAUGCGGCGGCGAGGAGUGGGUGCUGGAGGCCGGCGACCUCCCGGUGCAAAGGUUUCUGCUGUGGCCCCGGAAAGCCCAGGAGCAACACCCGCAGAGCCUCGGCUUCUACUUCUUACUGCAGGAGAGGAACAAGGAUGGCACCAUUCAUUACGCCCACCUGCCUCCCCCGUCCAAGGAGCAGGAGAAACGGCGCCUCGCCGCCAGGGGCUUCCUGCCGCCGCCGCAGGACGACUUCGCCGACCUGUGCAACCUCCCCAAACUCAACGAGGACAGCAUCCUCGGCAACCUGCGCACGCGCUUCCGCAAGAAGAAGAUCUACACGUACGCCGGCAGCAUCCUCAUCGCCAUCAACCCCUUCAAGUUCCUGCCCAUCUACAACCCCAAGUACGUCAAGCUGUACGAGAACCACCAGCUGGGCAAGCUGGAGCCGCACAUCUUCGCCAUCGCCGACGUGGCGUACUACGCCAUGCUGCGCAAGAAGGUCAACCAGUGCAUCGUCAUCUCCGGGGAGAGCGGCUCGGGGAAGACGCAGAGCACCAACUUCCUCAUCCACUGUCUGACGGCGCUCAGCCAGAAGGGCUACGCCAGCGGCGUGGAGAGGACCAUCCUGGGAGCCGGGCCCGUCCUGGAGGCCUUCGGAAACGCCAAGACCGCCCACAACAACAACUCCAGUCGCUUUGGUAAAUUCAUCCAGGUCAAUUACCUUGAGACGGGAGUGGUGAGAGGGGCUGUGGUGGAGAAGUAUCUCCUGGAGAAGUCCCGUCUGGUCUCCAGAGAGAAGAACGAGAGGAACUAUCACGUCUUUUACUACCUGUUGUUGGGAGCUUCAGAGGAGGAAAGGAAGGAGUUUAAGCUGCUGCCACCUGAAGACUACUUCUACCUCAAGCAGGUGAGGAAGCAGAGAGACCUUCACAGAGUUGUUGUCUUUUGUGUUGUCGCACUCUCUCAUGAAGCUUCUUUUCCACAGCAAAACUUUAAGAUCGAGGAUGAGGAGGACCUGCGCCAUGACUUUGAGAGGCUGCAGCAGGCCAUGGAGAUGGUCGGCUUCCUUCCAGCGACCAAGAAGCAGAUCUUUUCCGUGCUUUCGGCCAUCUUGUAUCUGGGCAACGUGACCUACCAGAGGAAGGCCAACGGAAGGGAUGAAGGCUUGGAGGUGGGACCACCGGAGGUCCUGGCCACUCUCUCUGACCUGCUGAAGGUGAAAGAGGAGCUGCUGGUGGAGGCGCUGACCAAGAGGAAAACGGUGACGGUCAAUGACAAGCUGAUCCUGCCCUACAGCCACUCUGAGGCCAUCACGGCGCGGGACUCCAUGGCCAAGUCUCUGUACAGCGCCUUGUUCGACUGGAUCGUGCUGCGCAUCAACCACGCGCUGCUCAACAAGCGAGACAUGGAGGAGUCGGUCCCGCGUUUGUCCAUCGGGGUCCUGGAUAUUUUUGGCUUUGAGGACUUCCAGACCAACAGCUUUGAGCAGUUUUGCAUCAACUAUGCAAAUGAGCAGCUGCAGUAUUACUUCAAUCACCACAUUUUCAACCUGGAGCAGGAGGAGUACCAAGCGGAGGGCAUCACCUGGCACAACAUCGACUACACGGACAACGUGGGCUGCAUCCACCUCAUCAGCAAGAAGCCCACCGGCCUCCUCUACCUGCUGGACGAGGAGAGCAACUUCCCCCACGCCACCGACGAGACCCUGCUGGCCAAAUUCAAGCAGCAGCAUCAGGGCAACAAGUACUUUGUGUCCACGCCCGUCAUGGAGCCCGCCUUCGUCAUCCACCACUUUGCCGGGAAAGUCAAGUACCAGAUCAAGGAUUUCCGAGAGAAGAACACCGAUCACAUGCGUCCGGACAUUGUGGCGUUGUUGCGGAGCAGCGACCGGGCGUACGUGCGCCAGCUCAUCGGCAUGGACCCCGUGGCCAUGUUCCGCUGGGGCAUCCUGCGCGCCACCAUCAGGGGCAUGGCUGCCUUCAACGAGGCCGGACGCUCCUGGGCCGCCAAGACCUCAGGAGUUGUGCGUCCCAUCUCCAGGACGCCCCUGGGAGAGCUUCAGCGUGCCAACGCUCCCGUGGAGAGGAUGUACAAACGAGUCUCUAUGCUCGAUUUCUACUUUGAUCAGUCAGAGGAGCGCCCUCUAGAGGCCUUUGAAGACAUCUUUGCUAGCUAUGAGAGUAAAAAAGACAUGCAUGCACAGAUGAUCAGCUCCAUUAAGAACUUGCAGAUGGACGGUGAGGACCCUCGCAAGCUGCUGCAGUCCUGGGGUCGCCUGCGCUUCCCUCGCCACGUCCUCCAGAAACACAAAGGAGCCAAACAGAAGCAGAUCAUCCCCAAGAAUCUGCUGGAUUCUCGCUCUCUGAAGUUCAUCGUGAGUCUGACGCUGCACGACCGCACCACCAAGUCUCUGCUCCACCUGCACAAGAAGAAGAAAACUCCCAGCAUCAGCGCCCAGUUCCAGACGUCUCUCACCAAACUCCUGGAGACUCUGAACAGAGCAGAGCCGUUCUUCAUCCGCUGUAUCCGCUCCAACGCUGAGAAGAAGGAGAUGUUCCUGGACCAGACCUUGGUGCUGCAGCAGCUGCGCUACACGGGGAUGCUGGAAACCGUUCGAAUCCGGAGGUCUGGCUACGGAGCCAAAUACACAUUCCAGGAAUUCUUGGAGCAUUUCAGGGUCUUGCUGCCAAAGAACUCCACCGCCUCCAAGGAGGACAUCUCGGCCUUGCUGGACAAGAAGUUGGCCUUUGACCCCACGACGUACCAGAUAGGCAAAACUAAGGUGUUCCUCAAAGAGCUGGAGCGCCAGCAGCUGCAGGACACUCUGCACAAAGACGUCAUGGCCAAGAUCCUCUUCCUGCAGCGCUGGUUCAAGGCCCGCCUGCAGAGGAAAGACUUCCUGGACAUGAGACGAGCGGCCGUGGUCAUCCAGCACUGUUGGCACACAUACUGCCAGCAGGAGAGGAGGCGACGUGCUGCCACUCUCAUCCAGGCCGUGUGGAGGGGCCACCGCCAGAGAGGGAUGCUGAGUCGCCAGAGACAAGGAGCCACCAAGAUCCAGGCGCUGGUCAGAGGCCACUCGGCACGGAGGAGAUGCCACUCUAUGCGUGAGGAGAAACGUAAAAAAGAGGAGGAGGAGGAGGAGGAGGAGAAGGAAUCGAAGAGGAAGGCAGAAGAAGAGGAAAGGCGGCGGCGGGUUGAAGAGGAGGAAAGGAGGCGUCAGGAAGAAGAGGAGGAAAGGAGGCGGAGAAUGGAGGAGGAAGAAGAGGAAAGAAGGAGAGCAGAGGAGGAGGACAGGAGGAGGAGUAGAGAAGAGGAGGAAGCAGCCAGGAAAGCGCUGGAAGCUCAGGCUGCGGAGAAGAAAGCAAAGGAGCCUCAAACGAGAGACGAUCCAGACAUAGAACUGAUCACAGAGGAGAUGCUGGACCGCAACCUGCCAGGACCAGAACCAGGAGAGGAGGACGGGGAGGCCACGUCAAGCUCCCACACAGAGGAGGAGGAGCAGGAGGAGGAAUGGCGAGCACAAGAAGGAGAGGAGGAACUUCUCAGGUCUGGUGUGGAGACCAACGGUACUCUGGCUGAGGCUGGACCUCGGCUCAGCAAGGAGGAGGAUUUCUCCCAGGCGGACCAUAAGCCAACCAGGGCCCAGGGAUCCAGAAGCCAGGAGAAGCGCGAGCAGAGGCGGCGGAGAGGUCUGGAGCACAACCAGAGAGAGACGGAGCGAGCGGCGUCUUCCUCCGCGCCCGCCGGCGACCAGAUCUCCACGCCGCUCGAGCGAGCGGACAGCAAGGAGCUGGACCAGUACACCUUCGUGGCCUGGAAGGUGAAGGACGACAAAGGAGGGAGGAAGGAGGCCAAACGUCCCCCGCCGUCGUCCGCCGCCGUACGUCCCACCACGUUGUCGCUGCGAACCGCCGACGGGAGCGCGGCGGACGGCGGCGCCGCCAGCCUGCAGCGCCGCCACGGGCCGGCCAAGGAGAAGGCGGACAAGAGGAAGAAGGGCGCCGGGGAACAUUCUCCCCCAGCUGACAUCAGAGAGCAGACAAGGAGUCAAACUACCUCGUCCUCGUUGGACCCGUGGUCUCCAGGCCCCGAGGGUGCUGCUGCGCUCCUAACCAGAGAGAUGAUUUUGUCUCCAGAGAGUUACGCUGAAAGCUUGAAGGGGAGCUCCAUGAGGAGGAGAACUCAAGACGACUCCACCCUCGCCACCCCGUCCACGCCAGACAAGUCAGGAGGUUUCUUCAGCAAGAUCUUGAAAAAGCGACCCCACAAAGAGGCUCACACGCCAGACAACGACGUGACGCUCGCCCAGGUUCUCAUGGACAAGCCGACAGGAGGCGAAGCUCCGGCGUCCGGACACCCGUCCAGAGGUUCUUCCCAGUCCCAAGGAGAGCGAUCCAGUAAGAGUUUGGGCCGCAACCCCACCAUCAAGAUCAGCCGUGCCACGCGGGUGUCGGAGCAGUGGAACGCCUCGCUGGACCGGGAGAUCACCAACGCCAACGAGCUGCGGCACCUUGAUGAGUUCCUGGGGAACCAGGUCAAUGAUUUCCGCUCCAGGGGGAAAUCCUUAUCAGCCACAGAGGCCAUCUUUGUUACGGCCACCAUGCAGUUCAGAGAGACCAUCAAAGCCAUGUAUUCUUUCCCCAAGCCCACCAUCGGCUACAAGGGUCUGAUGACCGGCUACCAGAACAAAGUCAUCCAUCUGGCCGGGGACAAACAAAAAGGAGAAGUCCAACUUGUGGUCAACCUCUUCCAGUCCGUGUUGGACGGUUUCAUCCGAGGGGAGAUGAAGAAGCAGGAAGCAGAACCUGCCAAGCCCGCUAAAGCCCGGAAGAAGCGACGGAAAAAAGACAAAAGUAUGGAGAGUCCCUUGGACCACGUUUUUGUCAACUACCAGGUGAACAUCAUGCAGUCAUGUGACCAGUGCACGUCCUACAUCUGGGGGAUGGAGAAGGCCUACAUGUGCAGCUAUUGUAAAAUGGUGUGCCACAAAAAGUGCCUGGGCAAAAUAGUCACCGACUGCUCCACCUUCUGCGUAAAAAAGAACGAGGAGGAGUCCGGCGGGCAGCACUUUGGUGUGCGUGUGAGUCACCUGGUCAGCGAGAAGAACCCGGUGCCCAUGGUCCUGGAGAUGAUGCUGGAGCACGUGGAGAUGCAGGGACUCUACACCGAGGGCAUCUACCGCAAGUCCGGAUCCGCCAAUCGCAUGAAAGAGCUGCACCAACGACUGGAGAACGACCCCCACCUGGUGUGCCUUGAAGAUUACCCCAUCCACACGGUAACGGGCCUGGUGAAACAAUGGCUGAGGGAGCUGCCAGACCCGCUCAUGACCUUCAUACAUUACAACGACUUCCUGCACGCAGUAGAGCUGCCAGACAAGCAGGAGCAGCUGUAUGCCAUCUACAAAGUGCUGGAGGAGCUCCCCACAGCCAACUUCAACACGCUGGAGAGGCUCAUCUUCCACCUCGUCAGGGUGUGUAAAGAGGAGGCUCACAACCGCAUGUCCCCCAACUCCUUGGCCAUCGUCUUUGCUCCCUGCGUGCUGCGAUGCCCCGAUGGUGCUGACCCGCUGCUCAGUAUGAAGGACGUCGCCAAGACCACCACGUGCGUGGAGAUGCUGAUCAGCGAGCAGAUCAGACGCUACAAUGAGAAGAUGGAGGAGAUCGAGCAGCUGGAGUUUGCCGAGGCUCUGGCUGUGAACCAGCUCAAACUCAAGAGGAAGAACACGCACUGCUGGCAUUUACCUCUCAGGUUCUCAGCUCCUUACAAAGGAGUGGUGAUACACGAGAAGGUCACCUCGGACCACCUCAAGGCCGUCCCUGAGAACGAGCCUCUGGACUCGGACACGGAGGCCGAGAAGAACCUGGUGGAGCGCAUCAAGUCCAUCAAAGAGGAGAAAGAGGAUCUGGCCUGUCGGCUCCCGGAGAUGGAGCAGCCCGGGUCCGACCAGGAGAACCUGGACUCGGAAGCCUCGCUGAGCUCCGAGAGUCUGUUGGACGAGCAGCAGCGCUCCUCCGCCCACAACUCGGAGCCCGAAGGAGUUCCCCAGCAGAGGCGGUGUAGGUCUGGGUUCCCUCUAAAACCAUCAGGUGUGGCUCAGCGGGGGGGGUCGCUCCCCGCUAGCUCCUCCUCCUCCCUCUCCAGCUCCUCCUCCUCCUCCACCUGCGAGCCCCCCAACGCCUCCUCCUGCAGGCGCCCGCCCCAACGCCGCCGCCCCGUCAUCCCGGACACGGUCAAGCUGCCGCCGGGGGUCCUCCUCCAGCCCGCCGACCCGGACCCGCCGCCCGGGAAGCGGGCGUUCCACUACCUGGUGCGGCGGCGGGACCAGCCCGGUCGGCGCAAGGACAGCACGCAGUCGCUCUACCUGGACGCACCCGAGUGUGAGCUGCUGGCGCAUUUCUCCGCCGCACCUCCGUGCCGGCGCCAGGACACGCCCACGCCCACUUCGGAGGAGCGCAGACGCUUCUCCGACCCGGACAUCCCUUACAUGGACGACGGCGUGUGACCAGGAAGCCAUCAUUUCAUGAUGACGUGUGACCAGGAAGCCAUCAUUUCAUGAUGACGUGUGACCAGGAAGCCAUCAUUUCAUGAUGACGUGUGACCAGGAAGCCAUCAUUUCAUGUUGCCAAGCUCCUUUUCUAUUUUUUUAAAGCCCCCCGGUGCUGAGUCAGCAGAUUUCCUUUUUCCCCAAAGUCAGCUCAUCAGAGCUUCCUGUCGCACUUUGUCUCUAUUAGUCCUCCCUCCAACCUUAGUUUGUGCCUUAAUUAACCCAACGCUUCUUUUUUUUUUAUCAUUUUGGUCGCUCUCGGCAACAUGGAAACAGGAACUGUCCUCUUGCAGCACACGCCACUUUUUACACGCCAGAAGCACGCCGCCAUGUUCCUCUCUGGACUGCUGUCUUCUGUAACGGUUAUUAAUACACAACAUGAUGCUUCUCA